GGUCUCGUCGAAUUAACCUCGUGUUGUGCCUGUGUGUAAUCACAUGCAUGAUAAUUAUGCACACGGCUUACUGUACAGCCCACAACCAUGCCACGAACGAUUACGUUUCCUCUCUGCAGGGCAUUCUUGUUUCUACUGCAUUGACCACUGAUACUCGAUAUAUCUACUAUGAACAACUACCGAGUGUCCAAAACAACCGGAUCCAGAUAUGACAUCACCGGCUUUACAUCAGAUUUAAGCCCGAUCGGGAAACCGAGCCGCCAAAAGGGGAAGAUCAUUUGCCUCCCGUCAGCUUCCGGCAAAGGACUCCGUCUCCCUUUCAUAACCAGUAUCAAUUGCGCUCAUUCUUGCGUCUCGGGGAUUUCUUUCCUGUCAUCUUUUGUUCCUGUUCACGCCAUGAAGUUCGCCAUUUGACCUUUCCUCUCCUCUCCCAUCUUCUCGUCCGCCACUACUACACCCAAAUAAACAACCGCAAGUCUAUCGCCACACUCAUGGAAGAAGGAACCGCCUCCUCGAUCCCUUCUGAGCCUCCUCCGCUCCCAUACUCGUUGCGAGACCGGAAGAAGUCCAUCACCAUCUUCUGGACGAUCUUCAUCAUUGAUACUUUGGGCCAGCCGCUGGCGCUUUACUGGGCGCUGUGGUAUGCUACGGAUCUGUCGCACAAUGUCGUCUUUUCCAUUGUCACUGCGUCAUUAGGGGGUGUCUCCGUGUUCGAAUAUUUUUAUCGACUUUACAAUUUGUUCCGCAAAAAUUCUCGCGCACGGCCACUGAACGCCAGGUCAUCAUGGUUGGAUUUCUUCCAGAUUAACUUCACCAUUGUUUGGUUGAUCCUCGCGGUCGAACUCAUAGUUGGGACGGUACCUGAGGAACCAUACGUCCGUCUCGUUGCUAUGGUCCUACCAACCGUCAUGUUCUACUUCGGUGGCGUCCACCUUUCCCUCGACGUUCUUCGCGCCUGUGGCUACAAAGCUCCGUUCCGCAUUUCUUCCACACCGAAAGGCUCCGUGAUGCCAACCGCUUUAUAUGUUCUUAUCGAAGAUGUAGUUGCCGUCGACGGAGGUGGUGGCCAAGUAUACCGUUACGCCUUGCGAACACGAUACCUGUCUAGCCCGUAUUUCCGGCGAAUGUUGUUUGAGAUGAACUGCUUCUGGGGUGGUGGCUCCGUCAUCUUUGCAGCUGCCAUCACUGCAAUCAUCUUCACUACACCCAGACCGAUUGCUUACACCCUGGGAUGGACUCUACCAUUUGUAUGGGCUGCAGUCUGGACCUGCAUCACCAUACCAUGGGUCCAAAGUGACCUCCGUCGUGAAAAGGAAGCUUGGCGCGAAGGUCGGGUCCAGGGGGGCGUUCCCUUCACCGACGACAUCACCGCGCCAACCGCUCGGACUCGCUUCCGCUCUGUCCAAGAAAACUUUUUGCCCUGGGUCCGCGAGAAACAGUCGGACCCGUCGUCACCCUCGGAAGGCGAAUCACCCCCCGCUACCCAAUGAGUUCUUCAAAACACUUCUCCCUUCUAGACCCUUGACGCCAGCCAUGACCUUCUAUACCCAUGACUUUUCUUUUUUUUUUUUUUAAACUUAAUAAUAGACACGCUUUAUAUGGGAAACGCCUAAUAUUCGACAGUUACACACAGGUACACGAAUGGUGGGACUGGAUUGUCCAGCCUCAAUUGUGAGUUUUUGUUGAUGUCUGCUCUUUGAUUUAUAACUGGAGCAAGUUUUGGAUAUGUGCAAUGUUCAAUUUCCAUGCAAUGUUUUCAUGUCACUGUAUCUAGAUACCCAUAUUGUGCAUAAUUCAGAUAGCAAGCAAAUGAAUGUAUAACUACAAUAAAAGCAUGAACAAAGG